AUGGCAGCCUCGGUAGAUAACGCCCAAGCGGGGGUGGGCAAGCUCAUCAGCAAGGUGGAGAUCCCGGCCUUCAUCCCGCGCCAGGAUAUGAUGAACCAGCUGUUCCGGUGGGCAUCCGACCUGGAGGACAACGGGUAUGCCCUCAUCGGCAGCCCGUGCAAGAUCACCCCGCUGAUGGAGGACGAGCAGGUCCGGAACUUCACCAUCAGCCUACUCAACAGCGGGGUGUCUGUUGCGGACAUCCUCAUCGCAUUCGACGAGGAUGUGGCCGUGAAGCACGAGUGGAUUGGCAUGGGGCCGGACAAGUUCCCAGUGCCUGAGGGUAAGGCCACCGACGUGCAUGGCAAGCACCUGGAGGUGCGCAAGACCGACACCAACAGCGUGUCUGACGCUCUGCGGGCCGCCUUGCACCUGUUGUGCGCGAAUCUGGCGGAGGCGGUGAACAAAUACUACGCCUUUGGCUCCUGCUUCUCGGAGGAUGCCACCUGA